AUGGCACCAAACACCCAUCUCCCAUGGCCAAAGCAGGGCCUCAUCACCAAGGAGGAGACCGAGCAAUUCCCGCACCUUGAAUUUCUCCCCGCGACCGCAUACCCUGGACUCUACUACUGUAUCACUCCGCACAAGCACGGUGUUCAGGGACCAGCCUACACCAUCGACGGGGACGGCAACAUCGUCCCAAUGCAGCGGCCACCAUCGACUACUGAACCCGUUGACGAUGACCGAGAAGAAGAGGGAGUCGAAGACGGCGAAGAGCCAGGCGACGGAGACGAUCAACAGCCAUCUGGCAGAAAAGGUCGCAAGAAAGUGCACAGCGACCGUAUGAAAGCGGCAUAUCACCUAGCAAAGUUGCACUAUGCCGCUAUCGUUGGCAGCAGGGAUAGAGCCGAAGCAGCAGCAAAGGUCUUCAACGUCGUCUGCAGGGCCGAAAUUCGUAACUUGGGUCGCGAGUCCUUCUCAUACACUGCACUCGAGUCCACGUACCAGCAGAGUACCCAUGGGGGCCCACCGAGGGUGGCUCAUUGGCAGCGAAUCAAACAGGACAUCGAUAACGGUGUGUACGACGGGCUGAGAGCAGAGAUCGAAGAAGCUGCGCGGCAACUCUGA